AUGACCAUUAAUUAGGAUUUUUAUUACCCUUUAAUGUUGGAAAGAGCAGUGAUAAAGAUUCAUCAAGAUGAACGUCAAUGACAUUCCUCCACAAUGUCUUCAAGAUCCACAAUUUGUAAAUGUUUGUGUUGCAUCUUUGUGUUCACAAAAAGUUAAAUCAGAAAAAUUAAUUGAAGAUGGAGAACAAGAACUCAAAGAACUUAAAGCAACUGUUAUCGAUGAAUUGAAUCAUCGUAAAAAAUUAAAAAAACAAAUUCAAGAAAAUCAAGAUACAAUUGCAGUGUUGGAGCCAGCUUUACAAAGUCUUAGAGAUACUGAAAAGGAUUUGAACGAGAAGCUGAAUGAAGUAAAAGCCUCUUUAGAUACAGAUCAACAAAAAACUGAGCUUGAAAAAAAAGCAUACAUUGAAAUUUUAGAAAGUUACAAAUCAACAUGGCAACAAUACAAAAUUGAGUAUGAAAAAAUGCCCGGUGCAGUUAAAAGAAAAGAAGCUCAAAUAAAUUUAAAAAAGCUAGAAAUUCAAUUGAUGGUAGGAGAAUUCAAGAAAAAUGAACUUGAUAAAAUAGUGGCCCAAAGAAGACUCAUCAACAACAGACGAAUUCAAUUAAAAAUUGUAGAAUUAUCAGGAAUGUUAUUGAAAAGAUUCAAUAGACAAAAGUAUCAUCUUGAACGAAUUCAAGAAAUUAAAUUACUCAAUGAAAAAUUAUAUAAACUUCGAGAGCAUUACAAUUGUUUAAUUAAAAAAAAUGAAGAAAAAGAAAAAAUUAGAUUAUUGGCAAGACAACAAAUGCCACCACCAAGAUUGGACAUUGGAUCAUUUGCUCGUACAUUUUGUACUUCUCAAACUUCAAAUUAUCAGCUGAUUGAACAAAAAAGAAAAAAUUUAAAUUAUGAACGUGAUUCUGAUACAGUAUCAAUAAACUCAGUUAUGUUUGAAGAAAUGUGUAAAAAUGAUGAUGACAAUUUAACAAUAACUAGUCCAGUUAUUCAAUCAACACCAGAUAAUCAAGAAAAAAAGUCUGUAUCGCCUGUAUUAAAUUCAGUAAAUGAUACAAAUAUUGGUACACUAGAGACGUACUAUCGACAAUUGUCAAUUGAAAAAAAAAAUAAUUCAAGCAUAGAACCAGAGACACCUAAAAAAGUAACAUCACCAGAUAAAAUUACUGAAGUUAUUAGUCAUGAAAAAAGAUCUCCAUCACCAGAAACAUUAAAACAAAAUCAACAAGAUGAGCCAGAAUUAAAAAAACAAAAAUUAAUGAAAUCAGUUGAGAUAAAUAAUGAAGAAAUAAUAAAAAUUGAUAACCCAACACGUUCAAUGCCACAAAUUAAAAAAGUUGAACGUGUUAAUCAUCCCAUAAUGAAAAAUCAUACAAUCGAAAAAACUCCAAUGCUAUCAGAUUUAUUUUCACCUCAUCAUUAUGCAAUGUCUGAUAUAUCAAGUGCAACUAACAUGACAACAACUAAUUAUUCAAACUAUGAUUCAACAAGAGCUAAUUAUGAAAAAAAUGAAAAAAUAAAUUAUCCAAAUUCACCAGUACAAAGUUGGAUGGGUGAUGUUUCACCUGUACAUUCACAAGCAUCAUUUAUGUCAGAUAUAUCAGCAAUUAAAAAUAUUAAUAAAAAAGAUGAAUCAACUGAUGAUAAUGAUGAUAAACAAAUUCCAGAUAAUUUAUGA